CUCGUUCCCGACUGAGUCACCGAGUUGACCCAGAGACGCGACGAUCCGCUUAUGCGAACCACUGAAUCUUUGUGUGCGUCCUGAAUCUCAAAUUCCCUAUAAAUUCGGGUCUUGCUGUUCCUAAUCAGGCUUUUAUCUGGGCAAUGCUCGAAAUCGAGAUAGAGAGAGAAAAUUAACAACAACGAAUAGAGGGAAAAUGGAGCUGUUGAGCUUGGACUCCAGUCCUCUGUUCGUCCCGAAAACAAUCACCGACUUUCUCGCCCAGCUCGCCGCUAUUAAAGAUGGCUCUCAGAGGUCUUCAGAGCUCGAUGGGUACGUGAAGAGAUUGGAAGAUGAACUCAGAAAGAUUGAAGUUUUCAAGCGGGAGCUUCCUCUCUGCAUGCUUCUCUUGAAGGAUGCGAUUGAGCUGUUGAAGGAGGAAGGAAUGCGGUGGAGGCGAAUGGAAGAGCGGCCGGUGGUGGAGGUGUUCAUACCGUUGAAGGGCAAUUCUGAGGAGGACGGAGGGUUAGUUUCGGGAAAGGAAAAUAUUGACAAGAAGAACUGGAUGAGCUCUGCUCAGCUGUGGAACACGAGCAUCAACGUUUUCGAUUACACCAAACGCGACUCUGUUGAACUUAAACUGGGGAAUGAGGAAGAUGAUCGGUCGGUGACUGAGAACCCAAUUGAGGUGAGUAAUAACAGAGCCGUGGAGGGGGCAUUACUGGCAUUCAGGGGACAGAAUGAGUUGUCUGGUUUUGCAAAACCAUGUUUGAAGGAAGUCAAGGAGGUUUCCGAGGUUCCAAACCUUUGUCUUAUGACUCCAUUGAUGUCUGAAGCACUGGGUUGUUCUGCAAGCGCAAACUCUAGGACCAGUAAUGGCUGCAAAGGCAGCGGUUCGGGUUCUGGUGUGGCAGGACAAGUGAAAUUACUGAACAAGCCCCAGCCACAGCAGCAGCAGCAACCCUUGAGGAAACCAAGGCGGUGCUGGUCCCCGGAGCUCCAUCGCCGCUUUGUUGAUGCCCUUCAGCAGCUUGGAGGAACAGAAGUAGCCACUCCUAAGCAGAUAAGAGAGCUUAUGCAGGUGGAGGGUCUCACCAAUGAUGAAGUUAAGAGCCAUUUGCAGAAAUACCGCCUUCACAUCCGAAAGCUACCGCCUUCUGCUGCUGCCGGCCAAGGGAAUGCCUUGCUCAUGUCCUUGGAUCACAGUGGAGACCAUUCUAAGGCAAACAACGUACAGUCUGGUUCUCCACAGGGUCCUCUCCUUGCGGGCGGGUUUGCCAAAUGUCGAUCAACAACUAGAGGCGAGUCAGGCAACAGCAGGGAAGCCGAAGAGGACGAGAAAUCGGAUGGUUAGAGUUCGAAAAGUGGGAAUCACAACAACAACCAAGGAGCUGGAGAAGUACAGGGAGUCUCAUACAAUCAUCAUCCCACAUGAGUUUUGCAGAUACAAAUAUACAUGGGGAAAAAUCUCAGUCUCUGAAUUAUGAGCAUAUAGUAGUAAUAAGCUACCUUCAACAAAAAAGGAGGAUGUGGAACUCAAGUUUUUUCUUUUUAGAGGUACUUUUAGAGAGAGAGAGAGAGAGAGAGAGAGAGAGAGAGAGAGAGAGAGAGAGAGAGAGAAGAAUUUGCAUUGUAGAGCAAGUUUCUUCAUCUCUGGUUCUUUUAUACAGGUUUAGUAUUAUGUAAUGACCCCUUUUAUUUAAUUGUAGGAAGUGCCAUGUUAAUGUUUCCCAACAUAAUAUUAUUCAGUUUAAUUUGUUCCCAUCGCUUA